AUGUCAAACGGCACGAUCGGAUCGCUAGCUGACGUCUAUAUCGUAGUCCAUGACCCUGACUUUAGAGUUUCAUUCCAAGAUUUUACCACUUUUGCGGAGAAGGUAUCCGAGAAGAUCAUCGAGGCAGAUGAGACCAUCCCAGAGUUGCCUGUCAAAGAUGUAGGACGCAAGGGACCCUACGCACACUACUACAUCCAGGUGCAACCCAAUGGUGGUAGCUUCGUAGGUAUGUUCGAUUCUCCUCUCUUCGUCUUCGCGGAGACACCCGAGCCGCGAGCUGUUGUGGAACUCAAGCGCAGUGCGAAGUGA